AACAGGAAGUGCCUACGGAGGCCGGGCGGGCGGCGGGGCCGGAGCCGGGCAUGAAGCGGGGCGGCGACUGGGGCGCGGGCGGCGGCGGCGAUGAGCGACAUAGUGGAGAGGACGCUGACGGCGCUGCCGGGACUCUUCCUGCAGAACCAGGGGGCUGGUGGGCCUGCGGCCGCCACGGCGUCCUUCUCUUCGCGGCUGGGCGGCCUCGUCCGCAGUAUCACCGCGCUCACCUCGAAGCACGAGGAAGAGAAAUUAAUCCAGCAGGAAUUGAGUAAUCUGAAAGCAACUGUUUCUGCUCCUACAACAACACUGAAAAUGAUGAAGGAAUGUAUGGUAAGACUUAUAUAUUGUGAAAUGCUUGGAUACGAUGCUUCCUUUGGCUACAUACAUGCAAUCAAGUUGGCACAACAAGGAAACCUUUUAGAAAAAAGAGUAGGUUAUUUGGCGGUUUCUUUAUUUCUACAUGAAAGUCAUGAACUUCUGCUUCUCCUAGUGAAUACAGUUGUAAAGGACUUGCAGAGCACUAACCUGGUGGAAGUAUGUAUGGCACUUACUAUUGUCAGCCAGAUUUUCCCUCGAGAAAUGAUUCCGGCUGUUCUUCCAUUAAUAGAAGAUAAACUUCAGCAUUCUAAGGAGAUUAUACGAAGAAAAGCUGUUUUGGCAUUGUACAAAUUCUAUCUCAUUGCUCCUAAUCAAGUACAGCAUAUCCAUAUUAAGUUUCGGAAAGCACUUUGUGACAGAGAUGUUGGGGUCAUGGCUGCUUCCUUGCACAUAUACCUUAGGAUGAUUAAGGAGAAUUCAUCUGGAUAUAAAGACUUGACUGGGAGUUUUGUAACAAUUUUGAAGCAAGUAGUUGGAGGAAAGCUCCCAGUGGAUUUCAAUUACCACAGUGUGCCAGCACCAUGGUUACAAAUUCAGCUCUUGAGAAUACUAGGACUUCUAGGAAAAGAUGAUCAAAGGACAAGUGAAAUAAUGUAUGAUGUUCUUGAUGAAUCCUUACGAAGAGCCGAGUUAAAUCACAAUGUCACAUAUGCUAUUCUGUUUGAAUGUGUGCAUACGGUCUAUUCUAUUUAUCCUAAGUCAGAAUUACUUGAGAAGGCUGCCAAGUGCAUUGGAAAAUUUGUUCUAUCACCUAAAAUAAAUCUGAAAUAUUUAGGACUGAAGGCUCUUACCUAUGUUAUCCAGCAGGAUCCCACUCUGGCUCUUCAACACCAGAUGACAAUAAUUGAAUGCUUAGACCAUCCCGACCCCAUUAUUAAAAGAGAGACUCUGGAACUUCUUUACAGAAUUACUAAUGCACAAAACAUAACAGUGAUUGUCCAGAAAAUGCUUGAAUAUUUACAUCAGAGCAAAGAAGAGUAUAUUAUUGUCAAUUUGGUUGGUAAAAUAGCUGAACUGGCUGAGAAAUAUGCUCCUGAUAAUGCGUGGUUUAUUCAGACAAUGAAUGCUGUGUUUUCAGUGGGAGGAGAUGUAAUGCAUCCUGAUAUUCCCAAUAACUUCCUGAGACUGCUAGCGGAAGGUUUUGAUGAUGAAACAGAAGAUCAACAAUUAAGACUUUAUGCAGUUCAGUCUUAUCUCACUUUACUAGAUGUGGAAAAUGUGUUCUAUCCACAGAGAUUUCUUCAAGUUAUGAGCUGGGUUUUAGGGGAGUAUUCCUAUCUCUUAGAUAAGGAAACGCCAGAUGAAGUUAUAACCAAGCUCUGCAGGUUGCUUAUGAAUGACUCCAUUUCUUCAGAAACGAAAGCCUGGUUAAUUGCUGCUGUGACCAAGUUGACACCUCAAGCACACUCUUCUAACAUUGUUGAGAGAUUAAUCCAGGAAUUUACUGUAUCUUUGAAUACUUGCAUGAGACAGCAUGCAUUUGAAUUAAAGCAUUUGCAUGAGAAUGUGGAAUUUAUGAAGAGCUUGCUUCCGGUUAAUAAGAGUUGUGAAGACACGGUGGUAGAUGCUUCCCUGUCUUUUCUAGAUGGUUUUGUGGCUGAACAACUGAGUCAGGGGGCAGCACCUUAUAAACCUCACCACCAACGGCAACAGGAAAAGCUUUCUCAGGAAAAAGUUCUCAACUUUGAACCAUAUGGACUCUCCUUUUCUUCAUCUGGCUUCACUGGACGACAGUCUCCUGCUGGCAUUUCUCUUGGUUCAGAUAUAUCUGGGAAUAGUGCAGAGACAGGGCUGAAAGAGACAAAUAGCUUAAAGCUGGAAGGCAUAAAGAAAUUGUGGGGGAAAGAGGGCUAUCUUCCCAAGAAGGAAAGCAAAACUGGUGAUGAAACUGAAGUUCUGCCUGUUCCCCAAGAGAGUGGAGUCAUGGAGAACGUAGAUCAAACUAUAACAAAAAAGGAUCAAUCUCAAGUUCUUGCCCAAUCUAAAGAAGAAAAAGAAAAGCAGCUGCUGGCGUCAUCAUUAUUUGUUGGACUAGGAUCAGGAAGUACAAUCAAUUUGCUAGGAAAAGCAGAUACCGUCUCUCACAAGUUUAAAAGGAAAUCGAAAGUUAAGGAAACCAAAAGUGGAGAAACAACCAGUGCUCAUGAUACGACCUGUCCUUCCUUUAGUUCUUCAUCAGAUGUGACUUAUGAAGAAGAUUAUUAUUUGGAUAAUUUGCAGGGUAGAGAAGACAAAGAAUUAAAGAAAUUCACUCCCAAUUCAGAACUUUUGGAUUCUGAGUCACUCACAGAACUGCCCUUGGUUGAAAAACUCUCAAAUUGCAGGCUGUCUAUACCUUCGUUGUUUGCUGAUAACAACAUGGAAGUUUUUCAGCCUCCUCCAUCCACAGUGGCCUCACUUGCCAGUGAAAUCUCUUUAGCUUCUUCUUUGUUGGAAGAAACUACUGAACACGUGAAUUCAGAUCUUAUGGAGGUCUGUAACAAUGAAACCGUGUCAGUGUCUUCUUACAAAAUUUGGAAAGAUGAUUGUUUAUUGAUGGUCUGCUCAGUUUCUAAUAAGAGUGGUUCAGAACUGAAAAGUGCUAACUUAGAAAUUGCUCCUGCAGAAAAUUUCAAGGUCACCGAGCAACCUGGAUGCUGCUUGCCUGUAAUAGAAGCAGAGAGCACCAGAAACUUUCAGUAUAGUGUGCAGAUGGAAAAACCUUUUACAGAAGGGAAUCUUUCUGGUUUUGUAAAUUAUCAGAUGAUGGACACUCAUGCGGUUCAGCUUGAAUUUGCAAUAAACUUAUCACUAUUAGAUUUCAUUAGGCCAUUAAAAAUCUCAACUGAAGACUUUGGCAAACUCUGGUUAUCCUUCGCAAAUGAUGUGAAGCAAAAUGUAAAAAUGUCAGAAUCUCAAGCUGCUCUGCCUUCUGCCCUAAAGACCCUGCAGCAGAAACUGAGACUUCAUGUUGUUGACAUUAUAGGCAGUGAAGGACUGUUGGCUUGUCAGCUGCUCCCAUCCAGCCCCUGCUUGCUGCAUUUCCGAGUUCAUGGUGACGUAUUAGCCCUAUGGUUCAGGUCCUCCUGCUCCCCUCUUCCUGACUAUUUACUGUAUCAGUGUCAAAAAGUGAUGGAGGGCUCCUAGCAGAAGCUCUGCUUAUAUUUUACUCCAUCAAAAUAAAUGGUUUACAUAGAUAAAUUUAUUUACCAAAGUAAAAAGAACUCAUGGUACUUUUAAUGAAAAUGGGGAUUAUUACAAGUUGUGGUGUUAUGUGUUUUCUUUAUGAUUCCUGGUCAAGAAAAUCAUCAAGAAACUGUAUCUCUAACCUUUUACUCAGGAUUGUAUAGUAUGUUUGGGUCUCAAAGAGUGACCUAAACUAAUGUUACAAACUACUAAUGAUUUAUAUAUCACUUAGUGUAGAGGGACUGAAAAUAUUUAUUUUGUUAUAAGUAAUUUUAUAGCAAAUUUACUCUAGUGCUAGCAGAUUUGCAGUAAAGCCAAGUCUGAGUUCUCUGCAUUAAUGGAGGGGUGACAUGGAAUUGAUACUCCCAAACCUAAUUCAUAUUUGGCUUUGGAAUGCAUCGUAUGCUCUUUGGUAGGUAAGUUAGUACUUUCAGUUAUAUUUUGCUUACAUCAGUGUUGAGCUAAGUUGGCACAGCAUACACUAAGUUCAAGAGAUCCAUGAGCAUGCUGGAUAUUGGUGGAUCCAAUCUGUGAUACAGGUUUUAUUAUAGAUAACUUCUUAUACAUAAUGGCAGAUAAUUUGGCUACAAAAUUUGUCUGUUUUCCACUUGCAUUUAUUUUUAAAAUUGAGUAACUAUAUCCUUAUGUUAAAAACUCAGAACCAUUUACAAAAUACUAUCAUACAGAAACAAAAUCCACCAGAGCACCCAGUACUAAAGCAAACAGAUAUAAAAGGAUUCUUUUAGUUAUGGCAAAUAUCUUAGUUACCACUUUGGUUCUUUUGGCAAGUUAAAAUUUGUGAUUAGAGUGUAAAUGGCAAAACCAUUUUUCCUGGGCUUUGAAUCCACUAACACUCAGUGGAUGCAACCAAAACAGUGACUUAGUAUACCAUACAGUUUCUUCAGUAAAAUAUAUCAUUUUCAUGUAUGGUUGUGCCUAUAUGGCCGCUGUCAGAACUAUUAUCAGACUAAUAUGAAUGAUGGACCAGAAUCUUGAGAUUGUACAUUAACAUUAAAAGCUGAAAUUCUAUUUUAUAAAACCUUAUGGUGCUGUGGAAAUAUUUCACUUUUUCUGAUACUUCACCAUAGAGACUAUUCAGGUAAUAUAGUUUUAAAUCAUUGCAGUAAAUACUCUGGUUAAUUGGUAUUGUUUAUCACCCAGAUGUGGAAUUCUGGUUUUAGGUUAUCUUAUUAAUCAUAGCUGAUCUGAAAGAUGCUAAGGUGAUUUCGCCAGAGCUGAUAGAUUUCAUGAGUCAUUUGUGUCUAGCAUAUUCAUCCCUAAAAACAAAGCAGUAUUUUUUUAAAUUAAUGUUUAAAUUAUUCAUUUAAAAAAUGUAACACCCUAUUAAUUUCAUGCUUUUAAAAAUACAGUGAAACCUUGCUCUAAGAGGGAUGAAUUUCCUGUGUAGGUUUCUCCUUUGGAAUAGAAUUUCCUGUGUAGGUUUCUCCUUUGGAAUAGGAGAUGAGAUUCAUCCUGAAGCUGCCAGUGGUGUUAUGGGGAAGGGAAUGUGCUGUCUCUGGCCGUGUGGUGGACGCUGGUGGCUCGACUCGUCAGCUUCCCCUGUUCCUACCUGUGUCAGCAGCACCCCCACCUGAUUCUGCUGUAGUCUGGCAGAGAGAUAGGAAGCACCCUUUCACUUGUCAGAGGAAUGCAGCACGUGGCAGAGGAGGUGCUGCCGGAUCUUUAUAGCCUUACUUCCAUGUGUUUGCAUGGCCAUUGAGGCUGGAUCAGUGGAGGUGAGGUGCCCAGCAAGCAGGUGCAUAGUAUCUGGGAGAGAUUACAGUGAGCUACUGCUUUGUUACAAGGGAGGUCAUGAGUGGCAGCAGCUGUUGUCAUGAGAGACAUGCCUGAACCAUAGAGCUAUCUAGUGGUGGGAGACGUGUAAUAGUAGGUUAGGGCUGGGAGCAUGAUUUGGGGUCUGCCAAAGGGAACAGGGUGUCACUUAAAGAACUUCAGAGCAGUCAGUACAUAUUCUGCCUAAACUAAGUCAGUGUUUCAAGUUCUAAAUCAGACAUCACCAACUUUUUUUUGCGUUGUGACUAUAAAGUAAGGAGAAUGACUACUCUUCGUAGAUCAUCACCUUACCUUAUAGUCAUAAUUUAGUCAAAUGAAGGAGCAACAUAUGGAAUAAGAGCUAUGGCGGAUGUGUUUACUCAGCUGUGUGAGUUCUGGGCCAGGCAUCUUGAGAGUGCAGGUGGCAGCACGGGUGAGUCUGGGGAGAAUAAAGGGAAGACAGAAAAGUCUUAAGACCAGGUGGAGGAAGGAUCAAGCUCAGGGGAAAGUGGGCCCCGAGUAAGGGUCCUUCUAAAACAACUGCAGGUGGAGGCUGAGCAGUUCCCACGUGCUCGUGUGCCAAGCAUGCCAACCACAGCAUCUGCUCUGCAGAGGAGCACUAUUUUAAACGAUAUUCUAUCAGCUACCAAAACAGUUGUGGUAAAAACGCAGUAUUUUAUUUUUUUCUUUAUUUUAUUUCAUGUCAAUAAUAUUUUAAAAUGUUGAGCGAUUUGUCUUAAUAUUUAUGGAUAAAUGUCGUCUUUGUCUCAUGAUUGUGAGCCACUAAAGUGCACUGAACCCUUGCACAUGUCUUGAAGGUGUUUUAGGAGGGAAAAAUGCAAGUGAAUAAUAACUUAACAGACAUUAAUGACCUUAUUUUGGAGUUGAAUUCUGUAAUUUGAAACAAUUCAGUUAAAUGUGUAAUAAACACAAAGUGAUCUACACUGUUCUUUGGUCUAUAUAUUUUUUUAUUAUCUAAAUAGCUGAAUAAUAAGUAGUAGUAUUCAGUCAUUUGAUAAGCAUUCGCU